CUUUAUGACCGGAUAAGUGUUUGUGUUCACCCUUUUCCAACAUUUUAGAGUUACUUAUAUAAUACAAGGUGACUGGUAUACUCUGUUGUUACCGUGAUCAGAAUACUGGAAUUUGCGAAGGCCUACAGGUUAUCUACGACGAGUUACAAUAUCCAGUUACUAGUUUUGAUUUCUUUCAGGUUCAAGUCGAAAGGAAAGAUGUUGGGUUUUUUAACUCUCUCCCUCCUUACAGUGGCGUUUGCCAAUCCAGCGGAAAAGACAGUUUGCGAACAUAAGCACAUGACAAUUGACUGCGGAGGGUUAGACAUCAAUGUUUUGAGCGCAUCCUAUGGCCGCACCCAACAAGAUGUCUGUGGUCGAGGGGGAAGCACAAACUGUCAUGCUGAUAGCUCCAUGAGCGUCGCUAGAAACGAAUGUCAAGGACAGACAAGGUGUACUUUGGACGCGAAGAACGAAGCGUUUGGAGACCCCUGUGUUGGAACCUUCAAACAUCUAACGGUGAAGUACGAAUGUGUGGAAAAAACUGUUCUCGUUCGCAUCUGCGAAGGAAGGUCACAGCUGAUUUCGUGCCCCGCUCCGAAGAAAAUCGACAUCACGUCGGCGAACUACGGUCGUUUAACUGGUCCGCAUCUCUGUCCGGGACCAGUUAAAACCACAAACUGUGGAGCCGCAGGGUCGAUUGAUAUAGUGAGGAGCAAGUGCCAGGAAAAGCAAAGCUGCUUUUUGCAGGCAACAAACGGCCAGUUCGGCGAUCCUUGUGUUGGGACAAAGAAGUAUUUGGAGGUGAAGUACGAAUGUGUAGAAAAAACUGUUCUCGUUCGUAUCUGCGAAGGAAGGUCACAGCAGAUUUCGUGCCCCGCUUCGAAGAAAAUCGAUAUCACGUCGGCGAACUACGGUCGUUUAACUGGUCCGCAUCUCUGUCCGGGACCAGUUAAAACCACAAACUGUGGAGCUGCAGGGUCGAUUGAUAUAGUGAGGAGCAAGUGCCAGGAAAAGCAAAGCUGCUUUUUGCAGGCAACAAACGGCCAGUUCGGCGAUCCUUGCGUUGGGACAAAGAAGUAUUUGGAGGUGAAGUACGAAUGUGUAGAAAAAACUGUUCUCGUUCGUAUCUGCGAAGGAAGGUCACAGCAGAUUUCGUGCCCCGCUUCGAAGAAAAUCGAUAUCACGUCGGCGAACUACGGUCGUUUAACUGGUCCGCAUCUCUGUCCGGGACCAGUUAAAACCACAAACUGUGGAGCUGCAGGGUCGAUUGAUAUAGUGAGGAGCAAGUGCCAGGAAAAGCAAAGCUGCUUUUUGCAGGCAACAAACGGCCAGUUUGGCGAUCCUUGCGUUGGGACAAAGAAGUAUUUGGAGGUGAAGUACGAAUGUGUAGAAAAAACUGUUCUCGUUCGUAUCUGCGAAGGAAGGUCACAGCAGAUUUCGUGCCCUGCUCCGAAGGAAAUCGAUAUCAUGUCGGCGAACUACGGUCGUUUAACUGGUCGGCAUCUUUGUCCGGGACCAGUUAAAACCACAAACUGUGGAGCCGCAGGGUCGAUUGAUAUAGUGAGGAACAAGUGCCAGGGAAAGCAAAGCUGCUUUUUGCAGGCAACAAACGGCCAGUUUGGCGAUCCUUGCGUUGGGACAAGGAAGUAUUUGGAGGUGAAGUACGAAUGUGUGGAAAAAACUGUACUCGUGCACAUCUGCGAAGGAAGGUCACAGCAUAUUUCGUGCCCCGCUCCGAAGAAAAUUGAUAUCAGGUCGGCGAACUACGGUCGUUUAACUGGUCGGCAUCUUUGUCCGGGACCAGUUAAAACCACAAACUGUGGAGCCGCAGGGUCGAUUGAUAUAGCGAGGAACAAGUGCCAGGGAAAGCAAAGCUGCUUUUUGCAGGCAACAAACGGCCAGUUUGGCGAUCCUUGCGUUGGGACAAGGAAGUAUUUGGAGAUCAAAUACAGAUGUGACUGGUAAAGGAUUCCACUGAGUAUUCCAAGCGUCAACCACUGAAAACAAGUGAUCCCAUGUAGUUUUUGUAGUUUACGUAUCAGGGACCAUUAAAAAUAAUUUUCGACGCCAA